AAUGGACAUUUGAAAGUGCCAUUGUCGUAUUCUCGAAAGCAUGGAGACUUCAUCGAUGCUCUCCUCACUGAAUGAGGAAUGUAAAUCUGACAACUACAUUGAACCUCACUAUAAGGAAUGGUAUCGAGUGGCCGUUGAUACCCUGAUUGAACAUGGAUUAGAAGCAUACCAAGAAUUUCUUGCGAAGGAACGUGUUGCAGACUUCCUAGCUGAGGAAGAAAUCAAUUACAUUUUGAAAAAUGUUCAGAAGGUGGCACAAAGUGCAGCGCAUGGUACUGAUAAUUCCUAUGAUGAUACCUCAUCUUCAGGGACUUACUGGCCCAUUGAGUCUGAUGUGGAAGCUCCAAAUCUUGAUUUAGGCUGGCCGUAUGUUAUGCCUGGACUCUUAGGGGGCACCCAUAUAGAUCUCCUCUUUCAUCCGCCAAGAGCACACCUGCUUACAAUAAAGGAAACUAUUAGGAAGAUGAUAAAAGAAGCAAGAAAGGUGAUUGCUUUAGUGAUGGAUAUGUUUACAGAUGUGGACAUUUUCAAAGAAAUAGUGGAGGCAUCAACUCGGGGGAUAUCUGUAUAUAUUUUACUCGAUGAGUCCAAUUUUAAUCAUUUUCUAAAUAUGACUGAAAAGCAGAGUUGUCAAAUUCAACGUCUCAGGAAUAUUCGAGUGCGGACAGUAAAAGGUCAAGAUUAUCUUUCAAAAACUGGGGCAAAAUUCCAUGGAAAACUGGAACAGAAAUUUUUGUUAGUAGACUGCCAAAAAGUGAUGUAUGGCUCUUACAGCUACAUGUGGUCAUUUGAAAAAGCACACCUCAGCAUGGUCCAGAUAAUCACAGGGCAACUUGUUGAGUCCUUUGAUGAAGAAUUUAGAACCCUUUAUGCCAGAUCCUGUGUCCCCAGUUCAUUUGCUCAGGAGGAAUUGGCAAGGGUGAAGCAUGGCAAGGCACUCUGGGAGAACGGCACCUACCAGCGAUCGGUUUCUUCACUAGCUUCUGUUUCCAGCCAAAGAAACCUCUUUGGUAGACAAGACAAAAUUCAUAAACUAGAUUCUAGUUACUUCAAAAACAGAGGGAUAUAUGCCCUAAAUGAAUAUGACAAAUACAACAUAAGAAAUCAUGGAUACAAACCUCAUUUUAUUCCAAACUUUAAUGGUCCAAACACAAUCCGACAGUUUCAACCCAAUCAAAUAAAUGAAAAUUGGAAAAGACAUAGUUAUGCUGGGGAACAGCCAGAAACAACACCAUACCUGCUGCUUAAUAGGGCUCUGAAUCGAACCAAUAAUCCUCCUGGGAAUUGGAAGAGGCCUUCAGAUAGUCUCAGUGUGGCAUCCUCAUCGCGGGGAGGCUAUACAGGCCACCAUAAUACACCCGCCCAGAGUUUUGCCAAUCGGCUUGCCCAGAGAAAGACAACAAAUCUUGCAGAAAGGAAUUCGAAUGUGCGGAGGUCUUUUAAUGGGACAGAUAAUCACAUUCGCUCUUUACAACAACGAAUGCCAACCCUCGAGCACACCACUAAAUCAUUCCUGCGCAACUGGAGAAUUGAAUCCUACUUAAAUGACAAUUCAGAAGGCACACCUGAAUCAAAUGGCUCCGCUUUAGGUGACCGAUUUGAGGGCUAUGAUAGCUCUGAGAAUUUGAAAGCCAAUGCCGUUUAUACUCACUCUCGGCUUCGCUCCUCUUUUGUAUUUAAACCAACUCUACCUGAGCAGCAAGAGGUUAACAGUUGUACAACCAGCUCUUCCAAUUCAACUAUCGUUGAUUCCCAGGGAAGUGACACACCUAAAGAGAUCCCAGAUACCCCUCCAAGUGUACAGCAUUUGACAGAGAAACCUUUACCUGAAUCAAUCCCCAAGCUCCUAAUUCAGUCAGAAGCACCAAAAAUGCAUACCUUGCAGGUUCCUGAAAACCAGUCACCAAUCUUAAACCAAACUACAAAUGCCCAUGCAGAAUCAAACAACUAUAUAUAUACAACCUUGUGUGUAAAUAAGCAGGCAGAAAAUCUGAAGAAUCAACAAAAAGAGAAUCUUCUUAAAAGACGCAGCUUCCCAUUCUUUGACCAUUCAAAACCCAAUUUAGAUCAUGGAAAUAGUAAGCAUUAUGUAUAUAGUACACUUACCAGGAAUCGAGUUAGACAGCCAGAAAAACCCAAAGAGGAUUUGCUAAAAAGUUCUAAAAGCAUGCACAAUGUGACCCAUAACUUGGAGGAGGAGGAGGGGGAGGAAGCCUCUAUCAAGAAAGAUGCUCCAAGUGGCACCACCACCAAAUCAAUUUCCAUGGCUGCUUUACUUGAUGUGAAUAAAGAGGAACCCAACAAAGAACAUGCAUCAAAGAAGGAGGUAAAGGGUUCCCCAAGUUUUUUGAAAAAGGGAUCUCAGAAGUUAAGGUCAUUACUUAGCCUUACCCCAGAAAAGAAAGAAAAUCUAUCCAAAAACAAAGCACCUGCAUUUUAUAGAAUGUGCAGUAGCUCUGACACAUUAGUAUCUGAAGGUGAGGAGAAUCAAAAACUAAAGAAAUCAGAACCAAAAGCUGAUUCAUCUCCUAGAAGAAAGCGUUCUUCCUCAUCAAAUUCUCAAGGCAGCAUUCACAAGAGUAAGGAAGAUGUAACAGUUGGCUCAAUUCAGGGGAUGAAUCCUCCAUCAGAUGAAAGAGACAAAAUAAUACCUUCCCCAGGUCAAGCUGAAAGAAAGUUCUUGGAGAGGGCAGGAGAUGCCUCUGCCCCAAGAUUUAACACUGAACAGAUCCAAUACCGCGAUUCAAAGGAGGUGAAUGCACCUGUUGUUCCUGAAAGAAGAGCAACCUCUUCUCCAAGGCCAAAGCCCAGUGAGCUUCUCCGAACUCAUUCAACUGACCGGCGUGUUUACAGUCGAUUUGAACCAUUUUGUAAGAUCGAGAGCUCUAUGCAGCCAACAAGCAGCAUUCCAAAUACCAGUGUAAAUCGCCCAGAAAUAAAACCCACAACGAUGGGUAACAGUUAUGGCAGAACCAGCCCAAUGCUUAAUUACAAUGCUGGUGUUUACCGCUCCUAUCAGCCAAAUGAAAACAAGUUUCGAGGAUUUAUGCAAAAGUUUGGAAAUUUUAUCCACAAAAACAAAUGAAAUGCUGUAAUUUCAAAUAGCUAUUGAAAUAUAAAUGAAUGUAGCUAUAAAUACUUGUCCAAAGAACACAGUGGAUAGUUGUUAUAACAUG